CUCUCUCUCAAGCGACGUCCAUGGGCUCCCCAACUAUUCCCUGAUGCUCAAGCAAAGACUGGGUUGAUGGCAACAUAUGGCCUAAUUUUCGGCCACAAAACGAUCACAGAAAAAUAUCUAACUUCCAGUGGAAUUAGAUCUUGAGACACGCUCAUCACUUCAGUGAGCUGGUGAGCACUCCACCACUGCCUCUUUAAAUCAUCCUCGCUACGUCAUCAAUAUUAAAGGAAUUUUGUGAAAAGCCUGCGAGGAAGAAUAGGAGCACUGACGAGCUACGGAAGGAUUCGAGUCGAGAGGAUACGAAACUGAUUCAUAAAAGAAAGUUAGAGGGUAAUAGGAUGUAUAUAAUGAGCGAGUGGUAGGUGUGUAUGUACGCAGUCCCGCCAAGUCUUCUGCCAAAUCUGUCGAACAAAAGUACUGAAUAAGUGAUGGACGGAUGAACGCGAGAAAGUCUAGGACAAGAGCUAAGGCUGAUAGAGCCUAACGUGUACACUUAUCUUGGUUCAUGUACACGCCUUAGUGUUUCAUCGUCGGGCUUGAGAGACUCUUACAGCAGAACAGUACAGAUUGCUACUAAAAGUUUACCGUCACCAUAAAGUCACCAUUAAGUAGUCAUGUGCGAAUCAAACAUCCACGUGCAGUUGUCUAGGUGCAUCCAAUAUUGGUUUAGCGUCUCCAUGGCAUCUGACGAGACGCUGGGCGUUGGCGAGGCUGCAUCUACCACUCGACAUACUGCAGCAAGACGCGGCGGUGGCCUGGCACUGUCUGCGAGGGAACACUAACUCCUAUUUAAAGAAGAAUAGCCAGGGCUAGAGGAGUCUUGCGGCAGCAUCAAGUUUGACAAGAGAGGGAAGAGAAAACGUUCAAAGGCAUCCAAAUGGCCUCUAUUAGCAAUCCUUUCAUGCUGUUACUUCUGCUGCUGCUGCUGUUGCUGAUUUUGACAGUGAACGGUCAAGAUGUGGAAAAAAGCGGCGUACAGGUGAUGGAGUUCCAGAAAGACGGAGUGGCCAGCUGGUGGACCGUGGCAGAGUACCAAGGCAAGCUGGACCGAGGACGAAAAAUGGAUUCUGUAACCUUGUGCGGCCGUUUCAAGCUGUACUUCCUCCACUCACGGAGUAGCUUCUUCCAGCUCUGGGACCGCUCGCUGGAUAUGGACGCCCAGCUAAAAGGGGAGCUGUGGCUGGACCGCGUGAGGCCUGUCAUCGCCCACCGCUGGAACUUUCAGCCUCUUAAAGUCAAGCUAAGGACGUACAGAUGGUACCACAUUUGCUUCACGUACAACCACACGGACCACCGCUACCUCACCUACAUAGACGGGGAGCUGGUCUACGACAUGACCUACGACGUGGGCCGCCAGAUCUGGGGCGACUACGCGCGUCUGGGUCAGAACGAGGAGCUGAUGGAGAGCUACAGCGGCGCGCUCUCGCAGGUUAAUGUGUGGGACUACCCGCUGAGCCAGAGCUUCGUGCAGGAGAUGGCGCAUUGCAUGGAAGACCACCAGGGCAAUUACAUUUCGUGGGAGGGAGGCUGGAAACUCAACAACACCUCCGAGUACUACGUGUCCCUCUCACACUUCUGUAACCACACCCGAGACACCAUCUACUUCUGGUUUCCCCAACGACCACGGCAGUUUGCUUUCUACAUUUGCGAGGCCUUAGGAACACACCUGCCUCUUCCAAAAACUAUGGAGGAGGUGUACUUUUGGUUCAAUCUUUCUGCCAACACCUGGCCCAAUGAAAAGAUGCGCUGCAGAGAUAAUUUCUGGACAUCCCUUAUUGACAUGGAGGAAGAAAACACUUGGGUGACACACUAUGACAACGCCCCAGCCCUCCAAGUGGCCUGGAAGGAUGGAGAACCAAAUGGCAUAUUUUAUGAGAACUGCGUCAAAAUCGAGCCAAUUGGUUUGGCGGACAUUAACUGUGUCACAAACAUCAGGUGUUCGAUAUGCGAGUUCAAGCAGCUGCAGAUUUUCUCCUUUCUGGGGACUUGUGAACAGGAGCUGCGCAACAUAAAUUUCAUUGCCUACCAAGAGGAGAUGGGAGGCCUGUUGUUCAAGGGUUACGGGGAGUACCACAUCAAGAAAGAUGGCGACGAGUGGGUGUGGGUCAACGUGGUCAAGAACAAGACGCUGGCCAGGCUAGACCCUAACGCUCCGAUGGGCAUGCCGAUGGGACGGCGAGUUUGGCACCUGGAAACUAAAGUGUGUGACCAGAUGAAGGGACCGCGUACACUGGCCCUCACUCCAUGCGAGGACGGAAGCUACACCUGCAAUGACGCCACUUGCAUACCCCAUGAGAACCGCUGCGACCUAAAGUACGACUGCCAGGACCACAGCGACGAGGAGAACUGCGACCUCAUCACCAAGCCAGUAAACUACAAACAAGAUCUUCCCCCAAGACCAAACAAGAAGCAAGGGCUUGGGAGUUUGCCGGUGGGUCUCAAAAUCACCAUAGAAACUGCAACCAUCGAGACGACAAAGAUGACCAUGCAACUCACCUACGAUCUGAAGAUGAUUUGGUACGACAACCGUCUCACCUUCCUCAACCUUAAAGCUAACAACAGCCUCAACAAAGUGACCCACAGCAGCAUGAUCACUCUCUGGACACCUAUCAUUGGAUUCACCAACACAGGUGACCACCAGCACACAGUAGUGGACUUGGAAACGUCCCUACACCUGCAGCAACUCACACCCUCCAGGGAGAGGGACCCCGGCGCCCCUGGGGAAGUGGAUCUGUAUCCUGGGGGAGAAAAUGAACUCGUGCUGUCUAGGAAGUACAACACCAUCUUCGUGUGUGACUUCGACCUGUCACUGUAUCCGUUCGACUCCCAGCACUGCGAUAUGCACCUCAAGAUGCUCGCGGCCUCCAGCAACUACCUCGCUUUCAAUGACAACGCCACGUCUGCCAUAUACGUCGGGAGCGAGCUGCUGCUGGAGUACCACUUAGGCCAGCCCACGCUACUCUAUGACAACAGCCGGGAAUACAGUGAGGUCAAGGUUCGUAUCCCUCUGGAGCGUCGUUCAGGUUACGCCAUUCUCAACAUCUACACUCCCUCUCUCAUCCUUCUGAUCAUCAGCUACGUCAGCCUCUUUUUCCGCCCACACAUCUUCGAGGUGCGAGUGAUGACAACCCUCACAGCCCUGCUCGUCAUGGCCACGCUCUUCACACAAGUGUCUGCCUCGCUUCCCAAGACAUCCUAUUUCAAGAUGGUGGAUGUCUGGCUUCUCUUCUGUAUCGUCAUAAGUUUCCUGGUUAUCAUUUUCCACACUAUCAUUGACAAUACCCUGGGAGACAAGAUCAGCGGUAUGGCAGACACCCCGUUCGUGCCAACCACGAUUCAAGUGCAGCCCUUCGGUUCCCCACCUAGCACCCCGCCCAAGAAGUUCAGGACCUACGAGAAGGUAAGCGUCACCACUGCAGGCUACAUCUCAAUCGCCAGGUACUCCGUUUUCAUCCUCUUUGCCAUUUUUAACGUGAUCUACUGGAGUUACAUCUUUGGGUAAGCGCAGGAGGCUCAUUAUCCCGGCGAGAAGUUUAUGGAACUCUUCCCCGUCUCCUUUA